GUGCGACGCGGUGAGGCGGUGGACAAGGUGAUCGGCGCGGUGCUCGGGACGGCGACGACGACGGCGGACGGUCGCGUCGUCGUCGUCGCGCGCACGUCGUACGCGAUUCCGUGCCACGAUCGCGAUGGGGAAAUGUUCGUGGACGUUGAAUUUCAUAAGACCAUGCUCGGAUUGCACGCGAGGGUGAACCCGGAGGAACGCGUGGUCGGGUGGUUUAGCGCGGGGAGCGUGACGCCGGAGGCGCGAGCGCUCGUGCACGAAUUCUUCGCCAAGGAAGCGCUGAAUGGGACGCCCGUGCACGUGAUGUUAGAUGCGGACUUCACCGGUGCUGGAAACGGCGGGGAGAUGCUCAGCGCGAGCGUCGGGGACACGGUGCUGGCGACGACGGAUCGGGAGAGCGGCGAGAGCCGAUCGGCGGGCGUGUGGUUUAGCGAAAUCGAGUGCGAGGUGGAUCUUCAGCAAGCCACAAAGUUGGGCGUCGAAUCGCUUCGAUCCGCGAGCUCGGCGAAAGACGACGACGACGUCGCUGGGCUGGCGCAGACUAUGGGUAAAUUGGGUAAGCUGUUGACGGACGCGCAGGCGUACGUCGACGCGGUGGUGCGCGGCGAACGUCAGGGCGACGCCGAAGUCGGUCGCGCGCUCUCCGCCGCGCUCGCCGGUGUCCCGCAGCUCACGAAGGCGCAGUUCGACAAGGUGUUCGGAGACAGCGCCGAGGAUGUGAUGAUGGUGCGGUACUUGACGAAUUUGACGAGGACGCAGCUCACGCUCGCGGAAAAAUUGCACACCGCCGCGCUCAUCGUCUAA